UCCUUCCUAUCUUCUGAUCUCAGCACCACAAAUUGGCAAAAACCCAUUCACCUCAAUUCAAUUCUUUCUCUUUUCCUCUCUCUACAAGCCAUACUUGAUUACAAUUAUAUGCUCACAUACCUAUAUUAUCAUGCUAACUCCAUCUGAAGUAACACCACCACAAGAUCCUCCCUCCAUUUCUUCACUUCCCCAUCCCUUCACCAUGUCUUCCCCUCCCAUCACUCUCAAGUUCAUGGAUGUGUGUUAUAGUGUGAAAAUGGAGGAAAACAAAAACGGUUGUGAAAAUGGGCUGAUAAGCCGAAUAUUUUCCUCCCGUGGGCCCACGCAAUCUGAUCUUGAGAAUCCAACGGCCCAGAUUCGCGGGGAGCACACUAUCCUGAACGGGGUUACGGGGAUGGCUUUUCCUGGAGAGAUCCUGGCCGUUCUCGGGCCUUCAGGCAGCGGGAAAUCGACGCUUCUGAAUGCGCUUGCGGGCAGGCUUCAAGCCCGGCCCGGUUUCACCGGAACCAUCCUCGCCAAUAACGAGAAACUGAGCAAAUCGGUCCUCAAGCGAACCGGGUUCGUCGCCCAAGACGAUAUUUUGUACCCGCAUUUAACGGUUCGGGAGACGCUGAUUUUCUGCUCCCUGCUCAAGCUCCCCGGUUCGCUCACCCGCAGGGAGAAAACCGCCGCGGCUGACUCGGUGAUCGCCGAGCUGGGGCUGAUGAAGUGCGAGAACACCAUCAUCGGAAACAGCCUCGUGCGGGGGAUCUCCGGCGGAGAGCGGAAGCGCGUGAGCAUAGCGCACGAGAUGCUGAUGAACCCGAGCCUGCUGAUCCUCGAUGAACCGACGUCCGGUCUGGAUUCGACGACCGCUUACCGGCUGGUUUCGACGUUGGGUUCGUUGGCUCAGAAGGGGAAAACCGUAAUCACUUCGGUUCAUCAACCGUCGAGCCGGGUUUUCCAGAUGUUCAGCUCGGUUCUGGUUCUGAGCGACGGGAAGUGUUUGUACUUCGGGAAAGCGAACGAGGCGAUGGCAUAUUUCGAGUCGGUUCAGCUGUCUCCUGCGUUUCCGAUGAACCCGGCCGAUUUCCUCCUCGACCUGGCUAAUGGUGUUUGCCAAAUUGAUGGUGUGAGGGAAAGAGAGAUGCCUAACAUGAAGCAGAACCUAAUCUCCACUUACAACAAAUUGUUAGCUCCCAAAGUAAAAGAAGCAUGUUUAGAUGACACAACACCCAAAGAAAAACUUUCGAGUGAAAACGCUAUCACUCAUAAAGGUUGCGGCUUUCUCAAUCAACUCACCGUUCUUCUCCAAAGAGGACUAAAAGAGCGAAAACACGAGGUGUUUAAUUCCCUCAGGGUUUUUCAAGUCCUUGCUGCCUCCUUGUUGUCUGGUACAAUGUGGUGGCGAUCUCAUUAUGAAAAUGUCAAUGAUCGUCUCGGCCUCCUCUUCUUCAUCUCCAUCUUUUGGGGCGUUCUCCCGUCAUGCAAUGCAGUUUUCGCGUUCCCGCAAGAGCGUGCUAUCUUCAUGAAGGAAAGGGCUUCCGGCAUGUACACAUUACCCUCCUACUUCAUUGCACGCAUCCUAGGAGACCUUCCCAUGGAGCUAAUCCUCCCAACGCUUUUCCUCACUAUAUUGUAUUGGAUGGCAGACCUAAAACCCGACAUCUUAUCUUUUUGGUUAACCUUGCUCGUUUUGUUGGGAUACGUCCUUGUAUCACAGGGGCUUGGCCUCGCCCUCGGUGCCAUAAUCAUGGAUGCCAAACAAGCAUCAACCAUUGCGACAGUCACCAUGUUAGGUUUUGUUCUAACUGGAGGAUAUUACGUGCACAAUGUGCCAUUGUGCUUGGUGUGGAUGAAGUACAUUUCCACGACAUUUUAUAGCUAUAGACUUCUUAUCUAUGUACAAUAUGGGAAUGGCAAGGUGAUCUCAUCUUUGUUGCGUUGCUCACACCGCGGAAGUGAUCGAGCUAGUAGUUGUAAAUUUGUAGAGGAAGAUAUUCAAGGCCAAAUUCAUCCAGCUACAUGCGUUGUCAUCUUGUUGAUGAUGUUCUUUGGAUACAGGUUGAUGGCAUAUCUUGCAUUGAGGCAAUUGAAAGUCUAAAAUGACACAUGUAUUGCCUUAUUCUAAAAAAAGUCAUGUUUUGUAUACUAAAAGUAGUAUAGUGAAAAAGAUUUAUUAGAGGGAGUGACAUGGAGUAAAUUUAUGAUCAUUGGGAUCAGUUCAGAAUUCAAGAACAAAUUAUUAUUCCUUUUCACUUAUGUGGUCAACCUAGUUUAAUUUCAAAAAUUGUAAAUUAAUUUGUUGUUGCUGUGGAAAACAUUGUGUUAUGUUAUUAGUUUAUUACUGGUGGAGUUGAUUACUUCAUGUUAUUCAAUUUAAAGGACAUGGUUUUAGUUUCUGCACAAAGAAAUAAAGUAAUUAAAAGAAACUUCAUGUUUAUU